AUGCCGCCGCACCUUCACCCUAGGUCUCGAAUGACCUCGUCACUCUUUGCCACAACACUCAUCGCCAGCUUCUUUGUUGUUGGGCUGCCGCAUCUACUACCCUGUCCCGUCCCCCGAGCGCGAUACGCUGAUGGCGAAGUCGUGGUGGACGAGAAUGGUCGUAAGAGGAUAUGGAGGCGAAAGGACUCGCCGCAAAUCACAGAUGGACUGGCAGAUUUCAACCAAAACUCGACCGAUAACGUGACGCCACGAUCAAGUCAAUCACAAAGAGAAUGUCCUAUUCCCAAACCCGGGGGACUGCUAGGGGAAUGGCUCGGCUUCCACAAUACCAACGAUGGAUCUCGAAGGGCCGUCAGGUGA